AUGUCUGACCCGCUUGACAAGGACAUCGCCUAUGAGUCUCAGAAUUUUAAGAUCAAUGCUCAGCGUAUUGGACCGCUAUUCCAAGGUGAAUAUCUAGCAAGUGAAGGACCAACGAUGAGCAGUGUGUUUGAUUUUUGGUGUAUGGUUUGGCAGGAAAAGGUCGAGAGGAUUUUAUCGGUGAACUUUCCACAUGAAGAACGCCUAUAUCCAGCGAUAUAUGAUCCUUCCAAAGAAACGAUUCAAUAUUGGCCGAUAGAGAUUGGAAAAACUGUUGCAUACAUGCCAUUUAAAAUCACAUGUAUCGAUACAAGGAUGAUGAUAUCUCCUGGUAUCCGAGCUGUAAAGCCCAAUGAUAUGGUUUAUCGGGUGACACAGUUACGGAUUUCGUACUCCAAUCCUAUCGGAGAUCCCGAGCCGGACAGGGAAAUCGUACACAUGUGCUACUAUCGGUGGCCUGAUGGAUGUUUGCCAAUACCAUGGCCGGUGACUACAGCAUCGUAUGCGGCCACGGCGCUGCGAAUUAUCGAUAUCGUAGAAAGGGUCAGUUUUAUUGCCGAUGAUUUAAAGUGUGGGCCGACGUACACUUCCACCCCCUUUGCCUCACCAACCAGCCAGAGGGCGAACGCCCCGCCUACUUUGUGCUAA